GGAUGUCGGAGAGUAGGGUUUACAACUACUAAGUGAGAAGACGAAGAGGAAGAGGAAGCUUCACCUCAAAAGACUAACAAGAGUGUGUGUUUUGCGUCUGUGAAAUCAGAGGAAAAGGGAAGAGGGAAGAUCAUUGAAAUCUAAGUGAAGAUGGCGGUGAGAGAGCUGUCGCAGAAGGAGGCGGACAUCCAGAUGAUGUUGGCGGCAGAAGUCCAUCUGGGCACUAAGAACUGUGACUUCCAAAUGGAUCGCUACGUCUUCAAGCGCCGCAACGACGGAAUCUACAUAAUAAACCUGGGUAAAACGUGGGAAAAGCUGCAGUUGGCAGCUAGAGUUAUAGUUGCGAUAGAGAAUCCACAAGACAUGAUUGUCCAAUCUGCCAGGCCUUACGGCCAGACAGCUGUCCUUAAGUUUGCUCAGUACACCGGUGCUCAUGCUAUUGCCGGCCGCCACACUCCCGGCACCUUCACCAACCAGCUCCAGACUUCCUUCAGCGAGCCCCGCCUCCUCAUCCUUACCGACCCCAGGACCGAUCACCAGCCCAUCAAGGAAGCUUCCCUCGGAAACAUCCCCACUAUUGCUUUCUGCGACACCGACUCCCCCAUGAGGUACGUCGACAUUGGCAUUCCUGCCAAUAACAAGGGCAAGCACAGCAUCGGGUGUCUCUUUUGGCUGCUCGCCAGGAUGGUUCUGCAGAUGCGCGGUACCAUCCGUGCCGGGCACAAGUGGGAUGUUAUGGUCGACUUAUUUUUCUAUAGGGAGCCUGAGGAGGCCAAGCAACACGAAGAUGAAGAAGCCGUCGUUGCCCCUGACUAUGGUAUUACUGAUUAUUCCGCUGCUGCUGUUGGCGUUCCUGACUAUGGUCUUGCCACUGACCAGUGGCCCACCCAGAUUACUGAUGCUUCAUGGGCUGCGGACGUUCGUCCUCCGAUCCCGGCUGUUGCUGCUGACGGCUGGGCUGCUGAAGCAGCUCCAGCUCCAGCUCCAGCUCCAGCUCCAGCUCCAGCUCCAGCUCCUUUAGCAGCAGAAGGGUGGGAUGCUGCUAUUCCACCUCGACCAUUGGCCGGAACUGAAUCUGAAGGUGUUCCUCCUCCUUCUGGCUGGGAAUGAGGACCGACUGUAAUAGGAAUUGCUUAAAUGCGCUAGUUAAUAUGAUAUUUGUUUUUUUUACUCUCUUUUUUCUUCUCUUCUCUUUAAUUUAGUGUUUCAAUAUGGGCAGUUUUACUUGCUGUGAGCUUCAGAGCUUGUUCUUUCUUUUUUUUUUCCCCUCCUCCUGUGGGACAACAGUUGAGUUCUUGAUGUUGAAUAGCUACUCUAGUAUGUGGAAAUUUUGGACAUUUGAAAACCAUCGCGUUCAUACACUGAUAUCAAUGUUAAUGUUGUGGAGAAAA